CUCAGCGGAGGAGUCAGAGGCGCAGUGAGGAGCAGGGAGCUCCAGUCAUCGGUCCGGAGAGGAGGAGGAGAACAUCUGCUCUGUGGAGGAGAACAGAGGAGCUGAGGAGGAGAACAUCUGCUCUGUGGAGGAGAACAGAGGAGCUGAGGAGAAGAACAUCGGAGCUGUGGAGGAGAACUGAGGAGCUGUGGAGGAGAACAUCUGCUCUGAGGAGGAGAACUGAGGAGCUGAGGAGGAGAACAUAUUUUCUGAGGAGGAGAACAUCGGAGCUGAGGAGGUCACGUCUUGCUGUCCCAGGAUGCAUUGCUCCGUCAGGCCGGGUCUGUGCCUGCUGGGCUUGGUUCUCAUCUCUCUGGUCCCUCAGCCGGCGCGAGGCCAAGUUUCAUCGCCGCGAAGAUUCCGAGCCAAAGUCCUGAGUCCCACGAAGCUGCAGGUUCUGUGGAAGGAGCCGAAAGGACAGUUUGAAAGCUACAAGGUGGUUUACACCACACGACCAGGUGGACAGAAGGAGGAAGUUCAGGUCUCGAAACAGGAAGCCAAGCUGCUCAUCGAGGACUUUGACCCGUCCAAAGAAUACGACUUUCAAAUCGUCGCAGUCAGUGGAGGACGCGAGAGUAAACCUCUCCAGGCCAAACAUGAAGCUCAGCGAUCAGGCAUCGAGGUGGUUCGGUCCCAGGGGAGACAAGACGCCGGGGUCAACGAGGACAACGAGAUCUCGGAAGCUGAGGAAGGAUUCAUGUGUAAGACUCCAGCCAUCUCUGACAUCGUGAUCCUGGUGGACGGCUCCUGGAGCAUCGGCCGCAUCAACUUCAGGCUGGUCAGGAGCUUCCUGGAGAACCUGGUCCGGGCCUUCAGCGUGGACAUCGACAAGACCCGGAUCGGUCUGGCUCAGUACAGCGGAGACCCCCGGAUCGAGUGGCACCUGAACGCUCACAGCACCAAAGAGGCCGUGAUGGACGCGGUGAAGAACCUGCCGUAUAAAGGAGGAAACACACUGACAGGUCUGGCUCUGACCUUCAUCCUGGAGAACAGCUUCAAACCAGAGUCUGGAUCCAGAUCCGGCGUUCCCAAGAUCGGGAUCCUGAUCACGGACGGGAAGUCGCAGGACGAUGUGAUUCCUCCGGCUCAGAGUCUGAGGGAGGCCGGCAUCGAGCUGUUCGCCAUCGGUGUGAAGAACGCUGAUGAGAACGAGCUGAAGGCCAUCGCCUCCCCCCCGGAGGACACGCACGUCUACGUGGUGGCGGACUUCGGAGUGAUGAGCGACAUCGUGGAGGGACUGACCAAGACGGUGUGCGACCGCAUGGAGCAGCUCGACAAACAGAUCCGAGGGGGGUCCCCCGUCCUGCCCCCCACCUCCAUAGCUCCGCCCCGUGACCUGGUGACCUCUGACAUCACAGCUCGCAGUUUCCGUCUGGCGUGGACUCACGCUCCGGGUCAGGUGGAGAAGUACCGUGUGGUCUACUACCCAGCCAGCGGAGCGCAGCCGGAGGAGAAGGUGGUUCAAGGCUCCGAGGACAGCGUGGUGCUGACCUACCUGAACUCCCUGACCGAGUACCAGGUGGCCGUGUUCGCCGUGUACCGCAGCGUGGCCAGCGAGGCCCUGAGAGGCAGCGCCACCACACUGGCGCUGCCGAUGGUGAACGAGCUGGAGUUGUUUGACAUCACUCACAGCACCAUGAGGGUUCGCUGGAAGGUCGCCGCCGGGGCUUCUGGGUACAUGAUCCUGUACGCCCCGCUGACGGAGGGCGACCCCGCGGACGAGAAAGAGGUGAAGGUGGCGGACUCGGUGAACGAGGUGGAGCUCGAGGGUUUGACCCCGGUCACCGAGUACACGGUGACCGUUUACGCCAUGUACGGAGAGGAGGCCAGCGACCCCAUGACCAGUCAACAGACCACACUUCCUCUGACUCCGGCGAGGAAUCUGCGAUUCUCAGACGUGGACCAUAGCUCCGCCCAGCUCACGUGGGACUCCGCCUCCAGGAAGGUGAAUGGUUACCGCGUCAUGUACGUGAAAACCGACGGGGUCCUGACCAAUGAGGUGGAGGUCGGCCGUGUCACCAGCUGGAUGCUGAGGAACCUGACGUCCCUGACGGAGUACACCGUCGGUGUGUUCGCCAUCUACGACGAGGGACAAGCUGAGGCCGUGACUGACAGCUUCACCACCAAGACGGUUCCAGACCCUCUGGACAUGAAGAUCACAGACAUCUCUACUGACAGCUUCAAGGUGUCAUGGCAACACCCGGCCUCUGAUGUGGUGCUGUACCGACUCAUCUGGACUCCGACUGACGGAGGAGACGGUCAGGAGGCUCUGGUGAAUGGGAACCUCAACACGUACCUGAUCCGACGCCUCAGCCCGGACUCGGAAUUGACUUUAAAGCAGCCGUCCUCCAGCCAACAGGAAGUGACCUGUCAUUCAUCAGACGGACAGAAGCAGGAGACCAAGCUGAGCGGGGGGGCCAGUCGACACUGUUUCAACAACCUGAAGCCCAACACACAAUACAAGAUCAGUGUGUACGCUCAGCUGCAGGACGGCAGCGAGGGACCGGCUGUCACUGCUGUGGAGAAGACAUUACCCGUCCCGACUCCGGCGCCGACCAAGCCCCCCACCACCACCGCCCUGCCCACAAUCCCCCCGGCUAAAGAAGGUAAGAGCUGA